AUGUUGUUGAGAUUAGCCUUACUAACGGACACACAUAUUUGCAGACCAGUAAACAGACCUAAAGAAGUGUUUUCAAGUCUUAGACUGAACUCAGAUGGUCCCCAAAGGUUUGCGCUAGCCGGGCAAACAUUUGGACCCUACCAAAGGGAGGCGCAGUCAAUUAUUGGAAACAGGCGAUUUGAACUUCCUGGCAAGCCUACCCAACUUGAAUUUGAAGCCCCUGCAAAACCUGAAUCCCAAGCUACUAAUAAAGAGCAAAGAUUUUCUUCAAAUCUAGAGCAAGAAACAAGACGAUCUGAUUCUAAUGUCGCAGAGAGAUUUUAUAACAGUAAAGAACAAGAUAAAGUUUAUGAAAGAAGUGCACAACAAGAUACUGGAAGUGACCUUCUAGAAGGUGAAAGCUUCCAACCUGCCUACACCCCCUACAGUCCUCCUGCAGCAGCAUAUGAUGCUGGCUAUGCUCCCCCAGAACAGAAGAGCAUCCAAGAUGCUGUAGCAGCAGGAGCAGCAGCAUAUAAUGGGGCUGCAUAUGAGGAACCAAAGAGACUGUCCUUCCAAAUCCAUGGGCAAGAGGGACCUAACUCUUAUAGAUUUGGAUACGAUACUGGAGAGGGAUAUAACAGACAGUUCAGAUAUGAGGAGAGAGAUAACUAUGGAGUUCUUCAUGGAAGGUAUGGCUACUAUGAUCAAGAGGGAAAGCUCCAGAUAGUUAACUACACAGCUGAUCCGGAAGCUGGUUUCCACGCUGAAGGCGACCAUGUGCCUAAACCGGAAUAUUAAUUUCAAGAUCUCACCGCUAGAUUGCAAGCUAGUCAAGCUUUAAGUCAGUCCUACAAAGCUAUUAAAUCAGUGCAAUUUUAAAUUUCAUCAAAGAAACAAACCUUGAUUAUUCAUGUAUUUAUGUUGUAUGUCCAGUUAGGACAACAUUUUAUUGUAUUCUGUAGCAGAAAUCUCAUCGAAACUUUUCAAAAUGUUUCAUUUAAACUUCACACCAAUUAUUGUAUCUUAUUCUUUUACUUAAUAAAUAUUCAUUUUUAUUUAAA